AUGGGGCGCAGGAAGUCGAAGAGAAAGCCUCCUCCCAAGAAGAAAAUGACCGGGAACCUGGACGUCCAGUUCACCUGCCCCUUCUGCAACCACGAGAAAUCCUGCGAUAUGGGCACCAACAAGCUGGCCAGUCAGAAAGGCAUGACGUCUUACGGCACACGGCGCCAUCUGUACGACUCCAAGAUGGCGAUGGAAAGUCCUCUCGACCAAUCAACAAUCAGCCUGCAGAUGGGCACCAACAAGGGGGCCAGCCAGGCUGGUAUGACGGCUCCGGGCACACGGAGGCUCAUCUUCAACAAGAAGCUGGAUCUGGAGUCCUGCGACAGCUCCACCAUCUCGCUGCAGAUGGGCACCAACAAGGUGGCGUCGCAGCAGGGCAUGACGUCCUACGGUCUGCCGCGCCAAGUCUACGACAACAAGUACUGCACCAACCCCACCGAGGCCCACAACAACAACAACGGGGGGGACGAGUUCGACGGCUACCAGUACGACGACUAAAAUAAAAACCUCCUCCCUCCCUACGCUUACCGUCAGACGACCAGAAAACACGACUCUUUUGUCUUUGUGUCGAAGCAAACUGACUGUUAUUCAACACCGAUUGACGUUGAACUUCGUCCCCCUAAAGCUUUAUGAAUUUGUCUUUCCUGAGUUAAAGAAAAAACAGCGUUUUCACUGACCCUUACGUCAAAGAUUUCCGUAUCUAUGAGGAUUUUUAUUACCACAAAACAAAAAAAACAAGCCACACUCAGAUUUGUGCUAUUUAUAUUUUUCGCUUUUUUACUUGCUUUGUAAGAGAGUGGUGCAGGAAUGAGUCCUAAAACCCGGAAGUGAGUUAGCAUUGCCGUACUUUCACAUUUUGUUA